UUCAAUCUAUCUUCAAUUCCAUGAAAUUUUUUUCCAAUAAUAUUUACAGUCAAGAUCUGGAAAACAGCAGUGAUCCAUGCUAUUUGCAAUUGCCGUCUCUCUACUUUAUGUAGAGAUAAAGGGCACAGUAUUGAGGAGGGUAUUCUCACAAAUAGUGAAUAACUUUUGGAACGAAUGGGAGCUUCGAUUGAUGGUUCUCCUCAGUCUUGGUCUCCAGUUUUUACUCAUUCAUUUCGGGAAGAGGCGAAAGAAAUAUACCGGAGCUCGGGUUCCGUUGAUUGCAAUCUGUGCCUGGAUAAUAUAUCUUUCUGCAGAUUGGAUGGCAACCCUUGUGCUUAGUACCCUUCUUCGAGGCAGUGUUGGACUGGAAAAAGGACUCGUUGUCUUCUGGACCCCUUUUCUUCUAUGGCAUCUCGGCGGUCCUUACAAUAUCACCGCUUACUCUCUGGAAGAUAAUGAGCUUUGGUUGCGCCACUUUCUUGGGAUGUUCUUCCAGAUCGGAGAGGCGAUUUAUAUCUCCGUCCGGUUUCAAUCGGACACCGAACUAAACGCUAUGGCUGUCCCUUUGUUUAUUGCUGGAGUUCUCAAGUAUUUCGAAAGAAUAUGGGCUCUUAGAUGUGCGAGUCCGAAACAGCUCAUGAAGUCCUUUUAUGAACCCCUGAGUUCGAAAAAUCCGAGUGAUAGCAGCAGUGAUGGGAACGAAAAGAAAACAAUGAUCCGAACAGGACUUUACGAUCUUUCGAGAAGGAAAAAGUUUAUAGAAGAUCCGACCAUUACCGAAGAAGUAAAGUUUCUUCGGCAAGUGCAUUCAUCUUUCGAAAUUCUCAAGCCUCUCUUCACCGAUCUACCGUUCCAGAUUUCGAAGGAGUUUUACGAUGAAUUGGUGUACCUCAACCGUUGUACCAAUGCAGCAGAGGCCUUCAAUUUCGUUAAGAUCGAACUCGAAUUCCUUUACGAUUUGCUCUUCACCAAGAACCCCCUACAUCAUCAACACUAUAUUUGCAACCUAGUGCUUCGCUUCAUAUGCUUUUACUCUGCUUUUUCUGUGCUGAUAGCUUUCUCGGCUCUUUAUUACAAGUUCCAGGAUCACACGGUCGACUUCGUCGUCACCUACGUGCUGCUGUUCAGCGCAGUUUUCCUUGAGAGCUCUUCGUUCCAUAUGUACAUUCGGUCCAAGUGGACGCUGAUGUGGCAUGCAAAUCAUAAAAACAAACUCAAGAGGCUGUACCUUUGGUUCGCGGAGAAAAAGUUACGUUCGAUUAAAUCGAAGAAGGGAAUACGGAGAAUGGCACAACAUGAUCUUUUGGGGUAUUACUUGAAGGCCAGGACAAGCCAAAUUACUCGGGCGUUGAAGUCCAUCGACUUCAUUAACCUUUUUCAGAGGUUUUGGUAUUCAGAGUGGAAGGACGUGGAUAUCGAGUUGAAAGAAUUCAUCUAUGAACACCUCAAAAACAUGCGUACCGAGCUUGAAAGCGAACAGUUUAAUCCAAAGCAUCUCGAGAAGAUGUUGGGGGAUAAAGGUGAUGCCAUCCUCGAGAAGAAAGGUUUGGAUCCGAUUGUGAAUGAGGACUGGAAAAUGGAAUCCACGGAUUUCACCCGUCGGAUCUUUAUUUGGCACAUCGCUACCUCGAUCGUUUACUACGACGAUCUCUCCAAGCAUCGAAAGUACAGCUGCGGUUCGAUAUGCAAGAUCGGCAAAUCCUUGUCGGAUUACAUGAUGUACCUUAUUUUGGUCCGUCCUACAAUGCUGCCGAAGGGGUUCAGUGACAGGGUAAACGAUGACACUUACAACCAAUCGCAAAGGAUCCUUCUUCAACCGAAAUCGAAACAGACCGCAAUGAUGGAAUUCAUCGAAACACUAAGGUUACCGUCCUCUGACGUUAUGAAUACUCAAUUACCAGAACUCGAAUUCGGAGCGUUAUGGGAAGGGGUGCAGUUUGCCAAGAAAUUACAAGACUUGAUAACAGAGAGGUGGGAUCAUGAAGAGAAAUGGAAAAUGAUAAGUGAUGUAUGGAUGGAGAUGAUGGUUUAUGGUGCAAGUCGAUGCACAUGGGAGCAACAUGCACAACAAUUGAGGCAUGGUAGCGAGCUGCUCACUCAUGUUGCUCUCAUUAUGGCUCAUCUUGGUUUAAGUACUCAAGUCCAUAAGCAAGAAAAAGCGACUGAUGAUACUAACCUUAUAUAAACUCUUUUUUUUUUUUUGCAUUCUAAGGUAUUUCUU